GGCUUUCCCGUCACUGGAUACUACGACUCCCAGCCCGCCCCAGAGCCGCCCGAGCCAGCCCUCCGGUCUUUAGUUUACGAGUGGCGAUUCGACUCGCUCUGCUGCAUGUCUGGAGGGACCGAGGGAAGUGUGGAGACGCCCGGGGGACUCGGGGAUCGCAGCUCGGAGAGCCAGCCGGCCAGCCCUACAGACAAAACCCACCCACCCUAAGCGACAUGAGGCUGCUGGAGAGGGCGCGGAAGGAAUGGUUCCUGGUCGGGAUAGUGGUGGCGAUCGGCGCCGCCAAGCUGGAGCCGUCGGUCGGCGUGCACGGGGGACCGCUGAAGCCAGAGAUAACUGUGUCCUACAUUGCCGUCGCCACGAUAUUCUUUAACAGUGGACUGUCGUUAAAAACAGAGGAGCUGACCAGCGCACUGGUGCACUUGAAACUGCAUCUUUUCAUCCAGAUCUUCACACUUGCCUUCUUCCCAGCAGCAGUAUGGCUCUUUCUUCAGCUCUUAGCCGUCACGCCCAUCAAUGAGUGGCUUUUAAAAGGUUUGCAGACAGUAGGUUGCAUGCCUCCCCCUGUGUCCUCCGCCGUGAUUUUAACCAAGGCAGUUGGUGGAAAUGAGGCAGCUGCGAUAUUUAACUCAGCAUUUGGGAGUUUUUUGGGCAUCAUUGUAACACCGCUGCUGUUGCUGCUUUUCCUCGGCUCGUCCUCCUCUGUGCCUUUUACAUCAAUUUUCUCCCAGCUGUUUGUGACGGUCGUGGUGCCUCUCAUCAUUGGGCAGAUCAUCCGCAGAUACAUCAGGGACUGGCUGGAAAGGAAGAAGCCCCCCUUCGGGGCCGUCAGCAGCAGUGUGCUCCUCAUGAUCAUCUACACCACCUUCUGCGACACCUUCUCCAACCCACAUAUCGACCUGGACAAGUUCAGCCUCGUCCUCAUACUCUUCAUAAUAGUCUCCAUUCAGCUGAGCUUCAUGCUUCUGACCUUCAUCUUUUCGACACGGAACAACUCGGGUUUCACACCAGCGGACACAGUGGCUAUCAUCUUCUGCUCCACACACAAGUCCCUGACAUUGGGAAUUCCAAUGCUGAAGAUAGUGUUUGCAGGCCACGAGCAUCUCUCGCUAAUAUCUGUGCCCCUGCUCAUCUACCACCCGGCUCAGAUCCUCCUGGGAAGUGUGUUAGUGCCAACAAUAAAGUCGUGGAUGGUGUCGAGGCAGAAGGGCGUGAAGUUGACGAGGCCAACAGUAUGACCGAGGAGGCGUGUUCCUGAAGCGGUGUAUAUAUGUACAGGGCUGUACGUGCAGGCCAUUCUGAACACUUGUCCUUGUGAAUGUUGCUUUCAUGUCUAUUUUAUUUUUUUACAGAAAAAUAUGAUAUACCUGUUUAAGUGCCUUAAAAUGUUUUUGACAAGAUCAUUGUAUCCAAAACACACUCUGCUGGUGACUGCCAAGGGUGAACAGUAUUUUGAACUUAAUUUUUUCUCCUUAAUGCAGAAAAAGUUUUAGUAAGGGACAAAAAGUUAACAGGUUUCCUUUGUACUGCCUUUUGUGCACAACAACUCUGUAACAGUUACUGUAACGUUUGAAAUGAGGUCACACCAUCCAGAAACCAUCCCCGGUGACAGGGAAAGAUUUGCAAGUCUCCUUGGCACUCUUUGAUUUGUGCCGUGUGCUUCUUCAUUUCUGUGGCUGUGACAUGCUCUUCCUUAUCAACUCAGCAGGGGUCAGAGACCCACGAGAGCUGAGAAGCACAAGGUGCCUCUUCCCUUGGCAUCCCUUCAAUUAGUCCCCGCACACUCCAGAAACCCUUGAGUCCCAUCAUAAGAGUGUAGGGGAACAGCUUAAAUCCAUUAUGAGUCACUUCAAAGGAAGGGCCUGACGUGAGGACUGAGGUAGACACAGGGUGUAGCUAGGAGUUUCUUGUUCCUGCCUCAGUCUGCUCUCCCUCUUUCUUCCAUAAUUCCUUUGUUUCACGUUUCUCUGCACACCCACAAGCGGCCCAGUGCAGCACACAGAAGCAUCCCCGUCAGUUGGAGAGUAGCAACAGCUAACAGUGGGUUGUGUUCACAUUCCGCAGCUAGGACCAAACGCCGUUCCUGUUACACAGUUCCAAACGCUCCUGCUGGCAAGAUGUAGCCUGUUACACGCUCUAGCUAAACACACUUGAGCCAUUUGAGACAAUUUAUGAAUGAGGACACCCAUCACUCACUUGACAAAUGUUUACAUCUCUUAAGAAAACAAAUCACAUUGCCCUUAGGAGUCAAAGAAAACGUAAGGUCAUGGACAUGAGCAAUAGUACCUGUCCACACUGCCUAGUCAUGGGGAGAGGGGCCAGCCCAGACGGCGCAGCCACCCAGUAAGCAGGCUGUCAGGCAGAACUGGUCCUGGAACUGAGCACCGGCUUUUGAAGGAGGGUCUGGCACUGCCUUCGGUGGCCAGAACUUCAGCUGACCCCGUAGAAAAUAAAGCGGUGCUAAGUGGUGGGAGGGUUUAGUCCAUUGAGACGGUUCCUUGUACUUCCUCAACACUUGAUACUUUAUUGACCUAACAGGCAAUCGUGGGUCUCACCAAGGCCGGGCUAUCCCCUCAGCAGCUGCCUUUCUUGUUGGCAGUGGUAGCUGUAGCCACAAGGAAGCAGUCAUUCCUUCAGAAUCACUGGGCUUGUUGGUGGCGCUGCUUUCCAGCACCGUUGGCGUGGUUAGCACCUGACGGCUCGAGUGGGUGUCUCCGGCACUCGUAACUCUCACCAGAGCUCUACGGCUAGUGCCAGGCCUUGCAAAGGUCCACUGAACAGGCCGUGGGGACCCUGCUGGGAGGCGGUGGCGAGGGCUCCGCUGGGAAGUGUGGCGCUCCCAUGCCGCAGCAGGUUUUCAAGCCUUGUUCUACACUCUUCUUGGGCUUUGGAGGAGAUGGAAGUUGUCUGUCUGUCUGCCAGAGCUGUAGUGGAAACCUCCCGUGUCAUGUGAACACUGGCCCCCCCUUCAACCUCUCUACCUCUCUAACCCUGCAGUAGCUGUGGCUGUGGGAUAGAAUUCAACUGAAAAUGCUAUGAGAACAGUGCAUCUUUCACUUUAAAAUUGUGUUUUGUUUUGCAAUAAUCUGAUUUAUAUCAUGAGUUUUGGUGGCUUUAGUAACAUGUCUGUGGCUGUUUCUCUUUUUACACAAAUGGGAUAGCAUAUUUUUCCAUGGGGAGCAAAAAAUAGAAUCAAAAUUUAUUUUAAUUCAUGCACAUUAGGAUUUAAUUAGCAGCAUAAAAUAUUUUCCUAUGUUUAUGCACUGUCAAUCUUGUUUUAUACAUUUGUUUGUCCGAAUGUAUUUAUAAAAGAAAUACAUUAGAUUAUAUUUAUGUUUACUCAUUUUCCACCUAGGAUUUGUUUUUUUAAGCAGCUAAAAUUUUAAAGAAUGGUAAUACAGUCUUUAUAUACGUUCCAGGUUUCAAGAUUUUUUUAAUUCUUCCCUAUUCUGUUUUUAACUGACACACCUCUGGUUGACACUCAGUGUUUAUGCUAAAUACCAAAUUUUUUUCAAAGAAAUGGCUAAGUAAUGAAGUGGGUUAUUUAUAAUAAAUGAAAAUAAAAAAUAAUUCUAUGAUGAAACAAA